AUUGGAGCUAGUGGCAAACUUACACAGGCUCACACAGGCUCACACGGCCUCCCACAGCCUCACACACUCCUGCUCUUGAACCCCUUCACACCACGCUAGGAGGCCCGGUGCUUCCCAUCACUCCCCUGAACACCCGAAGAGCCUUUAGCAUCACACAGAUUUCUGCACACACCCAAGAACUCUCAGGCUCCCACCCUGUCCGUGGCCCUUCUCACAUCACCUGUCAUGGCGCCUCGUGUGGCCGUCCUACUGGCCUUUAGCCUGCUGGCUCUCGGGACCUUCCCAGCCCCAGCUCUGGGGGGUGCUAAUGAUGCAGAAGACUGCUGCCUGUCUGUGACCCAGCGCCCCAUCCCUUGGAACAUCGUGAAAGCCUUUCGCUACCUCCUUAUCCAGGAUGGCUGCAGGGUGCCUGCUGUUGUGUUCACCACACUAAGGGGCUACCAGCUCUGUGCACCCCCAGACCAGCCCUGGGUGGACCGCAUCAUCCGAAGACUGAAGAACAAACACAAUAGAGGUUAACCAUGACAGCACCGGAAGGAGCCUGGGACGUGAAUCGCCCUGGUCCAAGAAACCAAGGACCAGAAGAGGACCAGGCCUCCUGAUGCCCUGCCCCAGACCUAACGAUCCAUGUCUGUGCCAAGAGAGUCAAUGUGAAUGUGAACAAGGGAGUUUGUGUGGCUAGAGCACUGCCUCUCCAUGGCUAGACAUCACUGUUUCCAAUAAAGCUGCUUGGUACUUA